AUGGGUGAAGUUGAAGUUCCUCCAUUUUUUCUCUGCCCCAUUUCUCUAGACAUCAUGAAGGACCCAGUCACAGUCUCAACGGGCAUAACAUAUGAUCGUGAAAGCAUCGAGAAAUGGAUAUUUUCUGAGAAAAACAGUGAGUGCCCAGUCACUAAACAAGUCAUCUCCGAUUCCGAUUUGACGCCGAACAUCACUCUCCGGCGACUGAUCCAGUCAUGGUGCGCCAUAAACGCCUCCUAUGGCAUCGAAAGAUUCCCAACACCAAAGCCCCCGAUCAAUAAAGCCCAGAUGGCGAAGCUUCUCCGUGAAGCCAAAUCUCCACAACUACAAAUGAAAUGUCUCGAAAAACUGAAAUCACUAGCUUCUGAAAGUGAGGCAAACAAACGUUGCAUGGAAGCCACGGGAGCCGUACAGUUCUUAGCUUCAACCAUAAACAACACCAUCGAAUCAUCAGUAUCAGAAGAAUCAGAAGAUGGGUUUGAUCUCAAAAAAGCCAGUGAUGAAGCCCUAAUUAUUCUCUAUUAUCUUGAAUUAUCAGAAGCUGGACUGAAGUCUCUCUCCGGCCAAAAUGGUGAAUUCAUUGACUCCUUAACACAGAUCAUGCAACGUGGGAACUUCGAAUCGAGAACUUAUUCUGUUUUGUUAUUGAUAUCGGUCUUCGAAGUGGCGAAUCCAAUGCAGCUGAUGAGUUUGAAACCAGAAUUAUUUGUUCAAUUAGUCCAAGUCUUGAAGGAUCAGAUCUCUCACAAAGCCACCAAAAAUACACUGAAACUACUGAUCAAUGUUUGUCCAUGGGGAAGAAACAGAGUCAAAACAGUCCAAGCCGGCGCAGUGCCAGAAUUGAUUGAUCUUUUACUCGAAGCCCAUGAGAAAAGGGACUGUGAAAUGAUACUAGUGGUGUUGGAUCAUCUGUGCCAGUGUGCAGAGGGAAGAGCCGAGUUGUUGAACCAUGGAGCUGGGUUAGCAAUUGUGUCCAAGAAGAUACUUAGGGUUUCAAAGAUGGCAACUGAAAGGGCUGUAAGGAUUCUAGUUUUUGUUUCGAAGUUUUCUGCAACUCCAAGUGUUCUUCAAGAGAUGCUGACUCUGGGUGUGGUGGCAAAGCUUUGCCUGGUGCUUCAAGUGGAUUGUGGUAGCAAGACCCAGGAAAGAGCUAGAGAGAUCCUUAAAUUGCAUGCCAAGGCAUGGAAGAACUCUGCUUGUAUACCCAUGAAUUCGUUUUCUUCAUAUCCAAAUUAG